AUGAGGCAGGCGGCAAGUGAAGGGCAUAUCUGUGGGGUUGACCUAAGCCUCAUCGACACCAUCGACAACGAUACUGACGCUUCGCUGUGGCUUGGUCUGCUCAACGUCGCCAAGCGGGAGCAGGGCAAAGAUGGCGUGCUUGCCGUAUGGAACGCCCUUCAAAGCCGGAAGGCAUUGCGCGCCGCAGACGGCGAAGACGCAGAGCCCCUCUGGACGAUGAUUCUGGAGGUCUUCAUGGAUGAUGAGAGCCAACUCCAGCGCGUCGUCUCGUAUGCCGAGUGGAUGCUCGAGGCUCACUCUGCCCGGUGGCCGUCUCUGUACCCAACAAUCGUCUCUCAAUGCCUCCGCAACGGCCAAUACCGAAGAGCGAUGCGAUGGCACAUGCGCCUGAUGCCGAACUUCGAUCCCGGCCCAGAAGCUUUCGGCACCAUGCUCUGUCGAUUCAUUACAAACACCGAGGCUGGUUUGCAGCAGACCUUGAAGUCGCUGUAUGUUUCGACUUGCCACCACAGCCUCUACGACGACGUUGUCCCACUGCUGUAUGAGAGCGGGCUCUCCCAGCUCUGCGCGGAAUGGCGCGGCCUGUUCCUUCUUUUUGGCGACGUACCAAAUCACACGGUCAAGUCUGAGCCUUACUUGAGAUUUCUGACUCGUUACUACCCAGGCACGCCUCUCAAGUUGGAGGAACAGUUGGUACUGGAAGGGAGUCUACCGGUGCGCUGGGGCAUGCAGCGUGAAUCCCUGCUGGAUGUAAUGGAUGGCACGCACGAGGUGGACCAUGGAUCGACGGGCAGGCGGUACAGCGAUACAUUGGGCGCGCGCUGGUUUGCAAGCUCCUGGCUACCUCUAGACUUCGCAAUUCACGCCGUCCACGCUCUCGGGGUACGCCAAAUCGGGCCUUUGUCAUUGCAGUCUAUUGCCCUGCGCGAGCCCACCCCCGACGCAGUCAUGGGUCGCAUAGAACAGUUGCACAAAGUCAAUAUCGGCAUCGGCCAUUCGACCUACGCUCUGGCGGUCAGACAUUUUGCAGAAACCGCCCAGCACGAGCUGCUCCACGAGCUGCUACACACCGACAUACAUCCGGAAGUGUUUGACGACCUGGCCACACUCGAAAGCAUCCGCGACGAAGCCCUCCAUGCGGAAAAUAUGAGGACGUAUCACUUGCUGCUCGCCAUACAGCCCGCAGUUACUCAAGAGUCAAUCGAUACCACGUCAAACCUCCUGCUGCAGCAAAGUCUUCAACAAGGCCAGGCCCGCCACGCGCUUGCUCUUAUGAGGGACAUGCGCUCCAUGGACAUCGAUCUCUCCGCGACGUCUAUUGAGCAUAUCUAUUCCAACAUUAUGGAACCCUUAUCUUGGAAUCCGCACAUAGCAUCUGUCACGUGGGAGAUCUUGCGAACCGCCAUCGACUACUUGAACCAUCUGAUGCUGCUGCGGGCGCCUGUACCUGGACGCUACUGGCAAAAAGUGCUUUUCGGGUUGGGGAAAUUCGGACGCUUCGACGACGUAGAAGGCGUCUGUAUCGGUCUGCUCGACGCAUAUCAAAAUGGGCACAUGGUGCCGGGCGGGUUGCUGGGUGUGCACCCUGCGGAUGCCCCGCCGAGCAAUGGUAUAGGCUCGAGGAGGACGCUGCACAUCCCGGCAGACCUGCCCGUCACACACGGUUAUCAUCCUUUGCACAAAAUCUUUGAAAAUCGGAAGUUACAAGUAGCCAUUGCCCGAUGGGGUUUCAAACGCUCCGUCUCGCAGGAGUCGGCCUCGACAUCAGUGGGAGACGACAAGCUGGUUAUUCUGCGGGGUGUCCGGCUACUUGGCCAGCUGCAGAAGCGCGGUGUACUGUUGCAAGAGUCUGCCAUUCGACGCGAAGUCAUCCGACUCUUAGCUCAAUUCCUUCGUCCGCAAAGCAAGAAAGCAGCAGUUAGACUACCCGACCUGGCUACUGUAACGAAACAGAUUAAUGAAGCUCUCGGUCAAUCUAAAGGGCAGGGCUUAAUGCCUGAAAUCAGUGUCCUGGAAGGACUGAUUGUGGACGACGUCCACAGGCGACGCGGGAGGACGCAUCGCGAUUGA